AACACUGUCACGCAACCUCCCUCAUUCGCUUUCUUGCGAAUUAUGUCGGCUUUAGAGUUGUUCGUGCGCGAUCUUAUGGAGUGGAAACUUGCUUUCCUUGCUGUACCAACUCUCAUUAUUGCGUGGCUGAGUUGCAAGUUCUUAUUUUUGGACGCAUUUAUGUCUCCGCUGCGAAAUCUUCCCGGUCCUCCCACAUCGAUGUUUCUCGGCAAUUUGCUCGAGCUCAAACGGAAGGACAGUUUUAGAGCAACUUCAGAGUGGUCGAAGAAAUAUGGAGGGAUUUUUGUAAUGUGGCUACGACCUGAUCGACCAUUAGUGUACCUGACAGAUACAGAUCUUGUAAAACAGGUAUUAGUCACAAACUGCUACAAGUACUUGCGACCAUCCCUUGUUCGACUUCUGAUGCCCCCGCUUGGAAAUAGCUUACUCACAUCAAAUGGCAAGGAUCAUGCUUGGCAGCGUAAAAUGAUCAAUCCAGCUUUUAGUUAUACUAACCUUAAGGGAAUGGUGCCCUUCAUGAAGACGGCUGCAGACGACUUGGUUCAGUUCUGGAAAGAAAAACUUCAACAGUCACAGAAAGACUAUGCAGAUAUCAUGGUACAGUCAGAUCUUUUGCGAUUGGCACUGGACAUUGUUGGGCAGAGUGCUUUCGGAUACCAGUUCAAGUCCGUACGUGGCGGGGACACAGAGAUCACAAAUGCUUUCAAUCAUAUGUCGACUGGUGUGGACCUUGGCAGGUUUUCUUUGUUGACUUUGCCAUUUUUUAAGUACCUACCUUUGAAAGAAAAUCGACUAAAGAGCAAUGCAACUAAAAUUACCAAUGAAGUUGUCAUGAAGGUAAUCAAAGAAAGGCACCGUAUGAAGGAAACGGGAAGACAACCCGCCCACCGUGAUCUUUUAGACAUUGCUAUGGAUAUGGUUGACGACCAAACUGGCAUCCGAAUGUAUGAUGACCAGUUGCGCGCGCUGGUGUUUACCUUUUUGUUUGCUGGGCACGAAACUACUGGCGUAAGCAUGUCUUGGACUUUAUACGAGUUAGCGAAAUACCCCAAAAUCCAGGAGAAAAUCAGAAAGGAGGCAAAUGAAGUCCUGGGAGAUGGAACCGAUAUAACCUGGGCCAAACUUGACGAGCUGCAAUACCUGAGUAACGUCAUCAAGGAAUCCAUGAGACUACAUCCUGCUGUGACCCAGGUUGGCAGAGAAUCAGCCCAGAAUGACACUCUGGGUGGUAACCACAUCCCUGCCAAUACUCAUUUUCUGAUUGGAAUUCACGUUAUUCAUCGCUCUGAAAAGUAUUGGCAAGAUCCAGAAACUUUCAAACCUGAGAGAUUUGAGAAUUUGACCAAAGAACAGGAGUCCUUGGUGCGGUAUAUUCUGAUGCCAUUCUCAUUUGGACCUCGAAUGUGCAUUGGAAAUAAGCUAGCAAUGGCUGAGAUGCGACUUGUUUUGGCCUCUCUUCUUCAGAGGUUCAUCUUUUCGCCUGUUCCUGGUUUUCCAGAAGUCAAGCCAAAAAUGUCACUCACAGCCAAACCAUUCCCUUUGCUGCAACUGCGAAUCAGAGCUGUUGAAAACGAUGCAUGAUAAGAAAACGCUGUAAUAAGUACUACAACAAGAGCUUCAUAAUUCGUCUACUCUGUAGCUCACUGUUACGCUAACUUUUUGCGGAACAGUGAUUUCUUGUGUUUCUCGGGAUCUCAUUUCUGCGCUUUGUAGAAACUGUUUUAUUACAAGGAUUAUUACUUGAGGAUUUUCAGCAAGUCGCAUGCAAGUGAAAUUACAGCAGUGUAAUAUCGUUUAAUUUUAUAAUUAUGCAAUAGCAUGUUUGAAAUGCUUUAAAAAAAGCAACUGACUUAACCACUCUAAUUGAGAAACAUGCACGUUAUCUAGGAUGUACUAAUUAGUCUCUUAAAAUGGCUAUAGCAUCUUACUCUGAUGCAGACUAAUGGUAUUAAAGUAGUGAUAUCAACUGAUAUCAACCAGUACACCACAUAAUGAAUGGACGACAAAUUUCUGCGUACCCUUAUCUUUUUUCCCGUACCCAUAUUCGCGAUUAGCCAAUUAGAAGCCGUGUCGACUGUCUUGAUAACCUGGGACAUCAAGUCACUGAUAUGAUAUUGUUAUGAUAUCAUAGUCACUUGGCCGAAUUUGGGUACGGUAAAUACAGCUGUACCUAAUCGUACCUUUUUGGUAAGCUUCGCCGGCAUAUCAGACUCGUUUGGUCUCACCAUGGGUAUUUUGGCUCGACUGCUCUUCGCCAAAAAAAACCAACCAUCUCUCUGCCAAACUCGCCUGAUAUGGCACCGAAGCGUACCAGAAAGGUACGAUUAGGUAUAAAAAUCAGAGUUUCCAGUCGGUUUCCUUUUUUCGUUUGCUCUCCAUUACAUGAAACUCUAGAGUGGAUUUUAGCCCAUCGCAGGGUUACCCGAGCAUUUAAUCUAGGGGUAUUCAUUUAUAGACCUGGGUGGUAAGAACCACAUUUUGAUGUCAUCUGUGAUCUAUUUUACUGAACAGACACACGGCAACAUGGAAUUGAUUUUAUGUAAGAGGUGGACCAUUUGACUUUUGAACGGGGCAGGGGGACCGGUAGAAGUCUUCCAAAGAAAACCAACAGCGCAGGAGACUCAGGUGAUGGGUGAUUUUGAAAAAAGUAUCCUGCAAGCAUUACCAGGGCCCCUUUGGAUACCAACCACGAUACUGAAUGGACCACCUUGGCUAAAUAAAGUUUUACUUUACUUUACUUAACUGAGCAUACUUGUACCAAAAAAUUCAUUCACUGCACACGACCACUGCUGAAAAUAAAUAAAUUAAAAAAAAAAAA